UCCGCGCCGGAACCGGCCUUCAAGCGCGGCCCGGCGCCGAGGCCGAGGCCGGGGCGGGGGCUGGGGAGGCCCUGGGAGCUUCGUGUUCGCGGCCGUCCCAUGCCCCAUGCGGCCCCCGGUACGGACCCAGCAUGUAGGUCCCUGGUGGCUGCCAAGAACCUCGAGACCAUGAGGAUCCACAGCAAAGCACCUCUCCCGGGCGGCAUCCAAGACAGAAAUGAAAAGAAUCGACCAUCCUUGAAAUCCCUGAAGGCUGAUAAUAGACUGGAAAAAUCCAAAUAUAAGCCCCUUUGGGNAAAAAUAUUUUACCUUGACUUGCCUUCUAUCACCAUAUGUGAGAAACUACAAAAAGAUAUAAAGGAACUCGGAGGGCGAGUUGAAGAAUUUCUCAGCAAAGAUAUCAGUUAUUUUGUUUCAAAUAAAAAGGAAGCAAAGUAUGCACAGACAUUGGGUCGCNUUUCUCCUGUACCAAGUCCAGAAUCUGCAUAUACUGCAGAAACCACCUCUCCUCAUCCCAGCCAUGAUGGAAGUUCCUUUAAGUCUCAAGACAGAGUAUGUUUGAGCCGAGGAAAAUUGUUAGCUGAAAAAGCUGUCAAGGAUCAUGAUUUUAUUCCUGCUAAUAGUAUAUUAUCAAAUGCCUUAUCAUGGGGAGUAAAGAUUCUUCAUAUUGAUGACAUUCGAUACUACAUUGAACAAAAGAAGAAAGCACUGAGUGCACUCAAGAAAUCCAGUGCUUCUGGGAGGGAUGCGGGGAAAAAAGCUGGUCCUGGAAUACAAAAGACAAGAACAGGGAGACUCAAGAAGCCUUUUUUAAAGGUUGAAGAUGUGAACCGGUGCUACAGGCCAUUUUACCUUCAGCUCCCCAGUAUGCCGUGUAUAAGCUACUUUCUUCAGAAGCCCUGCAGUCCAUUUGAUAUAGAGAAGUCAUCCAGCGUCCAGAAACAAGCUCAGCCCAAGCUCAGAAUUAAUACGGAUGGCGAUAAAUGUGGGACCCCAGUUCAACUCCAGUUGAAGGAAAAGAGAAAAAAAGGAUAUUGUGAAUGUUGCUUCCAGAAAUACGAAGAUCUCGAAACUCACCUUCUGAGUGAGAAACACAGAAACUUUGCACAGAGUAACCAGUAUCAAGUUGUUGAUGAUAUUGUAUCUCAGUUAGUUUUCGAUUUUGUGGAAUAUGGAAGAGACACACCUAAAAAAAAGGAGAAGCCACUCUUGGAGCCCAAUUUCCAGAAGGACGUGGGAGAAAGCAGUGGGCAACUGCUCAAGCAGAACUCUCAGUAUGAAGAAACCCNGAAACCUGAAGAAAAGCCUGGGUUUGCUUCAGAGCCUACAACCUAUUCUUCAGCUGGAUUGAAAGGAUGUGACCGGAAACCAGUGAGCGUGUUCAAUGCCAGUGAGCCUGACCCAGAGCAGGAGUGUUCACAGCUACCUCUGCAUGACAGCACACUGGAACACCAAGUGACUNUAGGUAGAAAUGAUGGAGAACAGAGAGUAGACGCCGCUCCAGGCGUGUCGCAAUUCUGUGGACAAGUUUCUCAUCUCAGUACAGAAAGUAAUCUACCCCAACCACAGUUAACUGCAGACAUUACACAGCUUUCAGCAAAAGAUCUGCAAGAAAAGGGCUUUCAUGUUGUGAUAGGUCAUGCUUCUGACCUGGUGGCAUUAAAUACAUCAAAAGAGCAGCUAACAAUGAAGGCGAGAACUCCA